UGCACUGAAAUCUACCUACGAUCCUCCGCCAGGUGCGAAAUACAAGAUGUCAAAAGACGACGACAGUUUCGAUGUCAUGGAGGCAUUCUCCAGUGCUCCCGUUCCCGAAGAGCUAACUAUGCAGGACCAACGCAAAAAGCGCAAAGCCGAGAAAGCCAAGGCGAAGGCGCAAGACAAACUGGAGAAAAACCGUGAAAACCGAGAGAAGAAGAAAAAGAAGAAGGAUAAGAUGAAGAAGCGCAAGAGAGGAGAAGAUGUCAGUGAUGAUAGUGAUGCUGAAGACGAAGAAGGAUCUUCAAAGGAAGAAGGUGCUGCCAACGAUGAAGAAGGAGGUGAUUCCAAAGAUAAACCAGCCAAGAAAGCAAAGACCGAGAAACCAGUUAAAGAAUCUAAAAAGGCUCCAGGUGUUUGGAUCGGUAACUUGUCAUUCUCCACCACCGAAGCUGAUUUGAAGGCUUAUUUCUCAAAGUGUGGAGAGAUUACCCGUAUCAAAUGUCCCCCUGGCAGAAACGCUCGUCAAAACAAUCAAGGAUUUGCCUUUAUUGACUUCGCCACUGAAGAAGCUGUAGCUGCAGCAGUCGCAAAAUCCGAGAGCGAUUUGAACGGUCGUGCCCUUUUGAUCAAGGAUAGCAAAAAUUACGAAAAGACUGGGCGACCAAAGAGAGAACCAGUUGAAGGAGAAGCAGUAGCGGAUGGAGGCAAAGCUGGAGAUAGGAUCGCGAAAAAGCAAAAGAACCCUCCCAGUCCCACCGUCUUUGUAGGAAAUCUUAGCUUCAAUACCACUCGUGAAGCCAUUCAACAACAAUUUGAACCAUGUGGGAGAAUUAGAAAGGUUCGAUUGGCCACUUUCCAAGACACUGGAAAGUGCAAAGGAUUCGCAUACAUUGAUUUUUUCGAUGUUGACUCCGCAACAAAAGCCCUUCGUGCACCCGACAAGCACACACUGGAUAAUCGCAAGAUUAGAUUAGAGUAUGCUAGUGAGGAGGCAACAAAGAAGGCUACACCUUGGGUAUACCGACAAGAGCGAAAGGACGCUGAAGCUGCGACGGAAGAGCCGCAAGCCAGCCCUGCUCAAGAAGAGCGCCCUGCCAUUACUACAAAUGAAAAGGCAAAGGAAGAGCGAAUAGCAAAGAAAUUAGAACGUGAAUUGAAACGCAAGGAUGGACCAUCUAGAGAAGGUAGAAGCAAUGCCACUUCUGGAGCUAUUCUGGCCAAUGUACAGAGACAAAAAGUCACAGCUCAGCCAUUCCAAGGCACCAAAAUCACCUUUGAUUGAUAGAAAGCUCUUUAUUACAUACACCUACAAUUGUUGUUUCGUUCUCAUUAUUUUCCCAUGCACUAUUGUAUUUUCGCAAAAACAAAAAACACACACCAGUUCUUGUAAACAUUGAUCUCCAUUGAUUCAUAUGUUAUCUGUCUCCCAUAAGUUUUGACGGGCUGUCAUCCAAGAUUCAAUAUCAGGUUUCAAUUGCUCAUUCAAAUUGUACGUCCUCAUCAUGCGAUAAAACGCUUUGCGUAUCUCUUUUGACUUUUCAGGGUUUCUGGCAAAAACUCGAAUGUUGAUUUCUUGAAAUUGGGAUGGCACAAGGGACGAUACUUGUUGCUUGGGAAUGGUGAAAGACCCUAAGGGAAACAGCAGGGCAAGAGUUACAGACUUGAAAUACGG